AUGAGCCGCAAUGUUGGAACUACUAUGGUGGAGCAGCUGGUGUGGCUGGGAUUGAAUUUAUAUUUGUUUAUUGACACAUUCUACUGGUAUGAAGAAGAGGAUGCUUAUACUUAUACACGGGUUAUGCUGGGGUCAGCACUGGCUUGUGCAAGAGCUUCUGCAACGUGCCUGAAUUUUAAUUGCAUGUUAAUCCUGUUACCAGUCAGUAGAAACCUUAUUUCGUUCAUAAGGGGAACAAGCAUUUGUGGAAGACGGGCAUUAAGGAGACAACUUGACAAAAGCCUCGCAUUUCACAAGGUGGUUGCCUAUGGAAUAGCUGUAAAUGCAAUCAUACAUGUUGUUGCACAUUUGGUCAACAUAGAGCGAUAUCAUAUAAGCCAGUCAAAGGAAGCAGGGGAGUUACAGAAUAAACUUUCUGGACUUGGCAAGAACCCAAAUGAAAGCUACUUGAACCCAAUCAGAGAUUAUGAAACAAACACAACAGCUGAGAUACUAACUACUAUAGCUGGAGUAACGGGCGUUGUAAUCACUGUGACUUUAGUUCUGAUCUUGACGUCUUCUACAGAAAUCAUCAGACGGUCAUUCUUUGAGGUGUUCUGGUAUACCCAUCACCUAUUCCUGCUUUUCUUUAUUGGUUUGGUUAUCCAUGGAAUGGGUCAGCUGGUCCGAGGUCAGACACCUCAGAGUCUGUUGCUACACAAUGUCACUUAUUGUAAAGAUCACUGCUCAGAAUGGAAGAAAGCUACUCAGUGCCCUUUGCCACAGUUUUCAGGCAACCAGCCUGUGACUUGGAAAUGGCUUUUGGGUCCCAUGGUGUUGCAUAUCUGUGAACGGAUCGUUAGAUUCUGGAGAUCUCAGCAAAAAGUGGUCAUUACAAAGGUAGUGACCCAUUCCUCUGGAGUCCUUGAACUUCAUAUGAAGAAACAUGGCUUUAAAAUGGAGCCUGGCCAGUACAUUUUUCUACAGUGCCCUUCCAUAUCAAAGUUGGAGUGGCAUCCUUUCACACUCACAUCUGCUCCUGAAGAGGAAUUCUUCAGUGUGCAUAUCCGGGUUGUUGGUGAUUGGACUGGAGCUCUGUUCAAGGCCUGUGGAGCAGAGGAAAAAGCCUUUAAGGAACCCUGGAAGCUACCAAGACUGACUGUGGAUGGACCAUAUGGAGCUGCAACUACAGAUAUUUUUCACUAUAAAGUCAGCAUGUGUAUUGCAGCAGGAAUAGGAGUCACUCCAUUUGCCUCUGUUCUAAAAUCCAUCUGGUAUAUAAGCUGCAAUCCUAAUACAGAACUGAUAUUGGAGAAGGUUUAUUUCUAUUGGAUUUGCCGAGAUCCAUCUGCCUUUGAGUGGUUUGCUGAUCUCCUGUUCUUGUUGGAAACACAAAUGGCUGAGAAAAGAAAAACCCAUUUUCUAAGUUAUCACAUAUUUCUUACUGGCUGGGACGAAAGACAGGCUACUCAUAUAGCCCUACAUUAUGAUGAAAAGAUGGAUGUAAUUACUGGUCUGAGACAGAAGACCUUCUAUGGAAGGCCAAACUGGGACACUGAGUUCAGGCAAAUAGCAGAAAAUCAUCCUAGCAAUAGUAUCGGUGUAUUCUUCUGUGGACCCAAAACUCUCUCCAAGAGCCUUCAAAAAAUGUGCAACUCAUACUCAUCUGUUGAUCCAAGGGGUGUUCAUUUUCACUACAAUAAUGAAAGUUUCUAGACUGUUUUUUAAAUUCUAUAACUGAUAUUAGUAUACAAUGUGCUUUGCUUUUCUUUUUCAUAUUCCCCUUCAUGCUGAUUUCAGGCCAGAUCUUUAACUGGUAUAAUUUAAACUAUUUGCUCUGACUUCAAGGAAACUAUGAUAAUUAGCAUCAGCUAAAGAUUUGGAGCUUUAUGCUUAGUCUUUCUUUUAGGGACUCUCUAUGGCUAAGUACAGACAGUCAAAAAGCCCAAGGUUGAAUUGAUUCAAUCUUCAAUCGUUAGUCUGAACUGCAUAGAUUAAAUCAAUAAGCAAGUGAACAGACAUUCGCUUUUAAUUCUGGAAAUGCAGCCACAUGCCAGAAGCCGGGGGGUGCUAGAGCAUGCCUCCCUGCUCGGCUAGAGCAGACAGCUUGGGACUAGGUUAGCCCACCCACCCUGCAAGGGAGGAGGGGAUUUAUAGGGGAGGUGCAAAGUAUCCUGGGAUGCUGGGGGACUGUGGGUUAAAUUCAAUGUGGAGGGGAUCUGGGAAAAAAGUUAAAUAAACUGAUUUAAACUAAAACAGUUAAGUCUGAUACUACAUCCAUCCAGGUUGAUCUUUAACUAGUUUCAGCCAUUUUGAAAGCAGUUAAUGUGUACUGAACUUCUGUUGUGUUACAGACUGGAACCAGUUUUCAAUUACUUAUACCAGUUUAUGUGUCAUUUCUGUCCCUAGCACAUUUUAUCAUGCCUUAUUGCCAGUGUAUAAAAUCAUAGAAUCAUAGAACCGGAAGGGACCUGUACAGUCAUCAAGUCUGGACCCCUGCCAUGGGCAGGAAGUAUUGAGCUCAGAUGAGCUUCGCAAGGUACCUGCCCAGCCUCCUCUUGAACACCUCCAAGGAGGGCGACUGCACCACCUCUGCUAGGAGCAUGUUCCAGAUGCUGGUGACCCUUACAGAAAAGUUUUUCCUUAUAUCCAAGCUGAAUUUACCCUCUGUUAGUUUAUGCCCAUUGGUCCUUAUCCUCCCUUGUGGUGCCCUCCUGAAUAGUUGCUCUCUUAGUUCUUGAUGCUCCCCCUUGAGGUACUUGUAGGCAGCUAUCCAGUCACCUCUCAGCCUUCUCUUCCAUAGGCUGAACAGGCCCAGUUCCCAGAGUCUCUCCUCAUAGGGCCUACCCUUCAUGCCCUUAAUCAAACAGGUGGCCCUUUGUACCUUCUCGAGCAUAUCCAUGUCUUUGUGAAGUGCAGUGCCCAGAACUGGGCACAAUACUACAGCUGAGGCCUCACCUACACUGAAUAGAGCGGGAGGAGUACGUCCCUGGAUCUAUUGACCACACAGUGGAUGAUGGAUGCCAGAGUUUUAUUGGCCCUUUUGACAGCUUCGUCCCACAGUUGGGUCCUAUUCAUCUUUCAGUCAAUUGUGACCCCCAGGUCUUGUUCACAUCUUGUGCCAGCCAGCGGACCACCACCCAUUAUAUAGCUGUGCUGAGGGUUCUUCCCACCCAGGUGAAGGAUCUUGCACUUCUACCUGUUAAACCUCAUCUGAUUUCACUCCACCCAUAGAUCCAGUCUGACAAGGUACUCCUAGAUUUUUGCCCUAUUCUCUGGUGUGCCUGCAUUUCCUCACAGCUUGGUAUCAUCUGCGAACUUAAUCAUUGCACUAUCUACCCCUUCAUCUAAAUCAUUAAUGAAUAUAAUUGACUAGCACAGGUCCAAAGACUGAUUCCUGAGGGACCCCACUGGAGAUUCCAUAUUUUUGUGGAAUAACUUUGUAACAUAUAGCUUGUUUUAUCAUUCCAUUAACUGGUUGAAUGUGUAGCUGGGUCACAACUUAAAGUGUGAUUAGCUGGUGUAAUCAUACUUAAGUGUAAUAUCCAGAGGGACCUUAGAGGUUGUUGCAUGUGAUUCUCCACUGUCCUGAUCUGCUGUGGGACAUAAUUAUUUAUACCACAGCAAAGUGAAUAUAAAACACUUCUAAACCAAAAAGGUAGCACAGCUGAUUAGAACAGGACUUUAGAAUAGUAUCUUCUGGUUGUGCUUGAACAGGCUAAAUUGGAAGUUAUGAAUAUUUUCUUAAGACCUGGUGGUUCAUGUUCAGUUAGUCAAAAACCUUUCCUUCCAGGUGUUCUAAUUUCCUUUCAUUGCUUGGUGAAAGCUGGUAUAAUAUUCUCAAGGCUAAUAUAUUAAAUAUACUUCAGAACGUUUUAUUCUCAGUGAAUGGAUCUCUUGAAGCAGAGCUACAUGACAGUGUGGGAGGAAAUACAGCCACAGAGGUGGUGUCAGGUAUUUUUUAAAAGUCACAAUGCCUCUUUGGUGCUAGAUAAUGGAGGGAACUACUGCAGCCUGGGUUUUAAAGGGCACAGCAAUUCAUCCUCCAAUUCAGCCAGUGUUUUUGUCACCAACUACUGAGGGACAGGGAAGAAUGUAUUUGUCUUCCACUUUGGUGCUGUUACAGUCAAGCCAAGGCUAAUGGAGUUGGAAGUAUAUGCCUACCACAGGUACAACACAAAUAUUGCUCUUUAGUACAAGUGCUUUUAAUACAUAUACAUUUUUAACAAGCUGUAGUUCAUCUUUGUAUUUCUUGAUUUAAAUGUGUCAUAUAACUGGACCCAGCUUUUCCCAUAGACUACAGGCCAAAUCCUUUGGAUCAGCUGUUUAACUUUUGGCAGAUAGCCCUCAAAAUUAAGGGUGUAUGUAAAGCUGAAAGCCAUAAUUUUGGCUUUGCUAGCCCCAUGCUAGCAGGCAUCAGGCCAGUGCCAGGGCACAACU